UCGGGAAAAACAACAAAAGCGAUGCUCCCUCUUCAAUGAGAAUCUCCUGGCUCAUUUCUAGUUCUUGAUUUCUUGAACGAACACACAAAUUUCAAUUCAGCUUUAAUCAUCUACUCCCCAAUGAACUCAGCCCAGCUGCCCCAGAUUUCUCAAACACAAUCACACUCCAGCCCUCACCAACACCAUGUAUAAAUCCAGAAUGCGCUUCAUUAAAAAUUUCAUCUUUAUUUCAAGAACUUGUGUAUCUACACACCAAAAUGGUGCCUUUCGUGUACUAUAUCGAAGAUUUUGCAUAGAUACAAAAGACCCAGAAAAGGCUCUUGCUCAACUGAGAAUUAGUGGUACUGCUUCUUUUUUUACUUAUUUUUCGUAUAUACAUACAUUUAGUUCUAUGGGAAAUCUGGAUAAAGCGAUUGAAGUUUUGGAGAUGAUGAUGAUGAAACAUGAAAACCCAUUUAAUAAUUUUGUUUGUAGUUCUGUAAUUUCUGGGUUUGUUAAGGUUAAUAAGCCUGAUCUUGCUAUUGGGUUUUUCGAAAAUGCUGUAAAGUCUUAUGGUUUGAGUCCAAAUAUUGCGACUUAUACUGCUCUUUUUGGUGCUUAUUAUAGGUUAGGAAGGUUAAAUGAGUUGGUUAGUUGUGUAGAGAAAGAUGGGUUGGAAGUCGAUGUUGUAUUUUAUACUUGUUGGAUGUAUGAGUGUUUUCGAGAAGGGUUUAUGAGGGAGGGUUUAGUAAAGUAUAAAGAGUUGGUGGAAAGGAAAUUAAUUAUGGAUACUAUUGGGUAUACCGUACUUAUAGACGGGUUUUCGAAACAAGGGAUUGUGGAAAAGGGAGUUGGGUUGUUGAGAAAGAUGGAGAAGGAGGGGUUGAGGCCUAAUUUGGUUACUUAUACGGCAAUCAUAAUGGGGUUUUGCAAGAAAGGGAAAUUAGUAGAGGGAUUCGAGUUGUUUAAGUUGGUUAGAGAUUUGGGGGUUGAAGUGGAUGAGAUUAUGUAUUCAACUUUGAUUGAUGGUUUUUGUAAGAGAGGUCACUUGGAUUACGCGUUUCAUUUUCUUGCCGACAUGGAGAAAAGGGGUAUACGUUUAGGGAUUGUAACAUAUAAUACUGUGAUUAACGGCUUGUGUAAAGUUGGGAGGACUUGUGAGGCAGAUGAUGUUUCAAAACGUAUACAUGGAGAUGUUGUUACUUAUUGUACCAUAUUACAGGGAUAUAUUAGAGAACAGAAUGUUGCAGGGAUGUUGGAAAUGAGGAAGAGAUUAGGAGCAAAAAGGGUUCGUCUUGACGUGGUCAUGUGUAACAGUCUUAUUAAAGCACUGUCUAUGGUUGGCUUGUUUGGGGAUGCCCUUGCAAUUUACAAAAGGAUGCCAGAAAUGGAGGUAACACCAGACUCCGUCACUUAUUAUAAUUUGAUUGAUGGAUACUGUGAAGUAGGUAGACUUGACGAGGCACUUGAAGUAUUUGAUGAGUUGCGUAAGACCUCCAUUUUUUCUGCUGAAUGUUACAGUUGUAUCAUUUGUGGGCUCUGCAAGAUGUGUAUGACAGAAAUGGCUACCGAGGUAUUUAUAGAGUUUGGUAAAAGAGCUGUGGCUUUUGAUAAAGGUAUGCUUAUGAUCUUGCUAAAAGCAAUAUUUCAUGAAGAAAGUGCAGAUGGAAUUUUGGACUUCACUUGUAAAAUUGAAAGUUUGGAGCUGGAAAUAUUUGAUAUUGCAUGCAAUCAUGUUGUGGCUUUUCUAUAUAAAAGGGGCUUUCCUGAAAGCGCAUAUGAUGUUUACUCUAUGUUGAGGAGUAAAGGGUCAAUUGUGACCGACUGGUCCCACUACUGCAUCUUGAGGGCCCUUAAUACUGAAAGUAAGAUAGUACCGACUUGGCCUACUGUAACUGCAUUAUUAAAAAUAUACGGAAUUGUUAGACCUGAAGUAAGCAGGAUACUUGUACAUCUUCUAUGUCUAGAAAAUGUGAGUGAGGCCCUCAAAUUUCUUAGAAAGAUGAAGGGGGGUAUCACUUUCCCAGUAUAUGUUAUUUCAAAACUAAUAAACAGUGGCAAAUCUUUGGAUGCAUAUAAGCUAGUAAUGGAAUCGAAAAAUAAUCUACCCCUCAUUGAUGUAGUUGAUUACACGAUUCUGGUAGAUGGACUUUGCAAAGAAGGGUAUAUCAGUAAGGCCCUAGAUAUUUGUUCUUUUGUUAGGAAGAAGGGUAUCAUGCUAAACAUAAUCACCUAUAAUUCUGUUAUAAAUGGUCUGUGCCGUCAAGGAUCCCUUGUUCAAGCAUUUAGGCUAUUUGAUUCAUUAGAGAACAUUAAUAUGGUUCCCUCAUUGAUUACAUAUUCCACCCUCAUUAGCGCUUUAUCUAAAGAAGGGUGUCUGCUUGAUGCCCGAAAGUUGUUUGAGAGGAUGGUUAUUAAGGGUUCUAAGCCAAAUACUCGGGUUUACAACUCACUGAUUAAUGGGCACUGCCGAUUUGGACAAAUGCAGGAAGCUUUGAAUCUCCUCCUUAAUUUGGAGGAUAGAGGUCUCAUCCCGGAUGAAUUUACCGUUAGUGCUGUGAUCAACUGCUGCUACCAUAUAGGUGACAUGGAAAUGGCUCUGAAGCUCUAUUUUGAGUUCAAGAGCAAAGGGGUUUUGCCUGAUUUUUUAGGUUUUUUGUUUCUGGUAAGGGGCUUAUGUUCGAAAGGAAGGAUGGAAGAGUCACGUAGCAUUAUACGGGAGAUGCUUCAGGCUCCAUCUGUUAUUACUUUGCUAAAAGAAGUUGAAACAAAGUUUGAAACAGAAUCUAUGGAACACUUGCUUAGUUUUUUGUGUGAUCAAGGGAGAAUUCAAGAGGCAAACACUGUCCUCAACGAAGUUGGAUCAAUGUUUUUCCCUCUAGAGAAGUUUGAAUCGCAAAGAAUAAGUAAAAGUUUUGUUUCCCAGGGUUUGAUUUCAACUAAUGAAACUGACUCAGGGUUAAAAACAUACAACGAGGUUGAACCAGAUAAGGUGAUUCGACAUCAUGAUUACUUAAACAAAGAAUCUCAACAAGACAACUUUGAUUCUUACUGUGAUCAAAUUACAUUAUUUUGUUCGAGAGGGGAGCUACAAAAGGCAAAUCACCUGGCCAAAGUGCUGAUCUGUUCUGUAGGAGGUUGUGAGUAAAGUCAAAUGUACUGGCCUCUUAAUUAGAGAUGGAUGUGUAUGCUGGCUAAAUAUUUACUGCAGAUAAGGCCUUGCUCCACAACAAGCCCUUGCAUUGACAGAAAGUUGGUAAAUCGGUCAUGUGGCAUAUGACCUGGACUAGGCCACUCUCAUUCUAUAGCGGUGAGCUAGCUGAAGCUGCAAUGAUCUCCAUUGCUGAUGGCACUCUAGCCACUUUUCUGGAAAGAUUGAAGCUUGCAGUCAGGAAAGCAUAGAUCACGCUGACGGAAGUGUGCAUCUAGUGGUUUGGUACCUCAAAAUAAGAAGACCGACCCAUGAUACUCCUGCUGCUUGUAAUUCUAGAUAGUUAAACGAAAGAAUUGCAGGAGGCAAUGAAAGAAAUCAGGAAAAAUCGAAGGGGUACUAUGAGCAGAUUAUAAGAGAGCUGAGGUGGGCUGAUUCUCUUGUUAAACAGUAUUUCUAGAAAAAUUUCUAUCAUGUCUCAUUACAUGGAGUUUCCGGAGUGAAGUACGUGUUUAAAUGAUUUUGCAUUUUAAAUGUAAGAUAUUUAUUUUUUAUAUUAUUAGUUAUCCUUGUCUAAAUAUUAACGUGAGUAACCUUUUUUUUUCAAAUAAUAAAUCUCUAUUAAAUUGAUGUA